GACGAUGAAUCAUCUUCUCCAACUCCAAGCCUGCAGAGUCCAGAGCUCACACACCCAUCCUCGACCAGCCGCGGCGAGCCGGACGGGAAAUAUGGAACCGGCGGCCGCCUCGAAUCCGUCGAGCAAGAGGAUCGCUGUGGUUACCGGAGGGAACAAAGGGGUUGGGCUGGAGACGUGCAGGCAGCUCGCGUCCAGGGGGCUCAGGGUCGUGCUCACGGCGAGGAACGAGGCGAGGGGGCUGGAGGCGGUCGAGGGCGUCAGGCGCUCCGGCGGUGCCGGCCAAUCCGACGUUGUCUUCCAUCAGUUGGAUGUCACAGACCCUGCCAGCGUCGGCCGGCUGGCGGAUUUCGUCAAGAAUCAAUUCGGGAAGCUCGAUAUCCUGAUAAACAAUGCAGGCAUUUCAGGCGUUGAUCGAGAUCCAGCUUUGGUUGCCAAAGUUAAAGAACAGGUUGAAAGCAUGGAUGUUGAUCAGAGAGUUCAAUGGAUGAAAGAAAAUUCAAAAGAGACAUACGAGGAAGCAAAGGAAUGUAUGCGAACAAACUACUAUGGGGCAAAGCUUGUCACAGAGGCACUACUUCCUCUUCUUCAGUUAUCCUCCUGUGGAAGAAUUGUCAAUCUCUCAUCAGGCUUUGCACUGCUAAGAAACUUCAACAGCGAAGAACUGAAGAAGGAAUUUGAUGACAUUGACAACCUUACUGAAAAGAGACUGGAUGAGCUGUUGGAUUUGUUCCUAGAAGAUUUCAAGGCCAACUUAAUAGAGGCACAUGGGUGGCCAACGGGUGGCUCAUCGGCCUACAAAGUUGCCAAAGCUGCCCUCAAUGCGUACACAAGGAUUCUUGCCAAGAAGUACCCUACGAUGCGCAUCAACUGCCUGACACCCGGUUAUGUCAAGACUGACAUGUCAAUGCACAUGGGAGUAUUGACACCUGAGGAGGGUGCUAGCAACCCUGUGAAGGUUGCUCUCUUGCCUGACGAUGGUCCUACUGGUGCUUAUUUUGACAGGAACGGCGAGGCGUCUUAUGUGUGAUCUUGCCAUACGAAUAAAGUUUCUGCCAGUCUUAGUUUCAGAAUAUGAGACAAAAUGAGUUACGCUGUAAUAGUUGUCAAUAAAAUGAUGCAGUUUGACGUGUGCCCUCAAUUAAUCGUCAUGCUGAUGCUGAAGAUGAACUGGUAGAACUUUACUGAGCUCCUCUGCUUUCUGCAUGGAAUCUUUUGAAAUUA